AUCACCGUCAGCCAUCUUGGUUGACACCCACCAGUGCAUUGACUGCAGAGCACAGGCAGUCCAGUCAGAGCCACCCGGUGCUGAGCAGAACCGGACCGGAGAAGAGCGGGGCUUUCCCUCAGCACGCUGCUCUUUUCUGCCUACGAAGGGGGGAGGGGAGAGGAGGACUGAUUCCCUCGGUUCCACUGAGGAGGAGAGGAGGCAGGCAUAAAGAGGAGGAAGAGCAGCGGGCCUUUUGGUUUCUUCUCCAUCCCAUCUGGCUUCUACUUCUGCGUGUCUUUUUGGGUUCGUUUCUCUGAACAAAGGCUGCUGUUGGUUAGUGUCUGGUGAAAGCUGAGUCAUCAUGUCUGACCUGACGCCUCAGAGCGAGACCCCGACCCCCACCACAGAUAAGAUCACCCAGGCUGCCCGAGAGACCAUCUAUCUCUGCAACUUUCGCGUUUCUGUUGAUGGCGAGUGGCUUUGCCUCCGUGAGCUCAACGACAUCUCGCUCACGCCCGACCCAGAACCGGCCCACGAAGAUCCCAAAGAUCCGAUUGCCAUAGAAAGGCUUAACUUGAUGAAUAUGGCCAAGCUGAGCAUUAAGGGUCUGAUCGAGUCGGCGCUGAAUCUCGGACGCACGCUCGACUCUGACUACGCCCCCCUGCAGCAGUUCUUUGUGGUGAUGGAGCACUGCCUCAAACAUGGACUGAAAACAAAGAAGACCUUCCUGGGGCAGAACAAGUCAUUCUGGGGCCCGUUGGAGCUGGUGGAGAAGCUGACGCCUGAAGCAGGAGAGAUUACAGCCAGCGUGAAAGACCUACCUGGUCUGAGAACUCCGCUGGGAAGAGGACGGGCCUGGUUACGUCUGGCCUUGAUGCAGAAGAAGCUUUCAGACUACAUGAAGACCAUCAUCAACAGAAAGGACCUGCUUAGUGAAUUCUACGAGCCAAAUGCUCUGAUGAUGGAGGAGGAGGGCGCCGUCAUCGCUGGGCUGCUUGUCGGGUUAAACGUCAUCGAUGCCAACCUGUGCAUGAAGGGCGAAGACCUGGACUCGCAGGUUGGAGUCAUAGAUUUCUCGAUGUACCUGAAAGAUGGUGGGCACAGCAGUAAGAGUGCAGAGGGUGACGGUCAGAUCACGGCCAUCUUGGAUCAGAAGAAUUAUGUGGAGGAGCUGAAUAGACAUUUGAGCGCGUCUGUAAACAACCUCCAGGCCAAAGUAGACGCUCUGGAAAAGUCCAACACAAAGCUGACAGAAGAGCUCGCGGUGGCAAAUAACAGGAUCAUCACUUUACAAGAAGAUGUGGAGCGAGUGAAGGAGGAGAGCUCAUUUCAUCUGGAGUCCAGGAAGGCCUCAUCGGCAGACGGACAGACGCUGGCAGAAACACGGAAGCAGCUCAAAGAGGAAACGUUGCUUCGACUGGAUGUGGAGCGGGAGCUGGAGGUGCAGAUUGGGAUGAAGCAGGAGAUGGAGCUGUCCAUGAAGAUGCUGGAGAAGGACGUGUGUGAGAAGCAGGAUGCUCUGGUGGAGCUCCGGCAGCAGCUAGAGGACCUCCGAACCAUCAACCAGCAGCUCGGCCACAAGUCCCAGAGUUCAGACGCCAGCUCCAAACAGAAGAGUGAAGCCAUUGUUCGGCUGGAGGAGAAGAUAAAUCAGAUGUCAGGAACCAUUAAACAGCUGGAGAGCAGAGGCAAGCACGCCGAGAAGGAGCGAGACCUGGCCCUGGAGGCCAACCGGCUCUUCAAGCAGGAGUUUGGAGACAAAAUCGAGAGUCUGCAGGUGGAGGUGGAGCAGCAGCGGAAGCACAGGUUUAGUCUGGAGAAGGAGCUGAGGAGAGAGCGUGAGCAGAAGCACCAUCUGAGCGUGUCUGCUCCUGUUGGCAGGGAGAAGAAACUCUCAGAGAGUUCAUCACCCAAACGGUUUCCAGAAUCUCAACCAAUUAGAAGAAACAGCGACCAGUCACAGAGCGAACAGGACGACGUCAAAAGCAGUCUGAGCUCCAGUUUGUCCCUGUCGCACCACGAGGAAGAGCUGGAGUCGUCAUGUCCAGAGAACAGUCGGCCAUCUUUGUGUCUGAUGUGUAAGCAGGAUGAAUCCCUCCUCAGGACAAAGAAACAGUGUAAGAACUGCUGCGGCUUCUUCUGUGGGAGCUGCGUGUCCAACGCGCUGCCGCUGCCAUCCUCCAUCCUCCCAGAAAGCGUCUGCACGUCCUGCUACUCCCAGCUCCUGCAGCAGUACGCCUCAACGCCAACAUGAACGUGGAGGCAUCGGUCCGUAACACUCGAGCACUUUCCUCUCUUCAAACGUCUCAAACAUCUGCCAAGUUUAGAGCUGUGAGACGUUUUUAACAGUUUCAGUCCGUGGUGUUUGUUAGCAGGUUUUUAUGCUGAUUUAGCAGCACAGCAGCCAUUUUACCAUUUGUGCCUUUUGGUUGUUUCUGGCUGUCACCAAACUGUUCUUCAGAUUUACUGGAAUGAUUAUAGAAUAAAGUUCAUCGUUUUAAGCUGAGUUUUAAACAUAAAUGUUUGUUUUACAGUAGCUGAAGCAGAGUCACAUGACUGUAGCUGGAUAGAGCUGUGAAUUGAGUUUUUUAUGUAAAUGAUGACUUAACUGGAAAAUGAAAUGAAUCCCAGUUAGCUGAGCGCUGUAGAGCUCCUCUGCCCACUCCUCUUUGAGAUAAAUGUUGGAAUUAGAAGAAUCUGGGAGAAGCAGACACGUUCUGUUAAGCAGAACUCGUCAGGCAAAUCUUACAGCGGCGUCUUUUAUCCUAAAUACAGCAGCAAGAGGGAACAUUUAGUGUAAAUCAUCUCAUGACUUUUAUUCUGGAAAAUAACAUGCCGAGUUAAUUCUCAACAUGUAAACUCUGAUGUCGACUCUGCGUUCUCGGACAUGUCUCUGAUGUGCACUGGUAGAUUCCUGAAUCCGAGGUCACGGAGUGAAAAUAAACAAAUGAUCCGUUUUUUCCUUUAGGUUUACAAAAAGGAAGCGUUUGUAUUUUCUGCUGUUGCUGCCUUUCGUAGAUCAAAAAUGAGAGAAAUUCCCUCCUGGCUGCUAAAAUACAGCCUCGUUUCUUUUGUUGCUAAAAUCCCAAAAGAAUGAAUGUUUCUACUGCGGUUUGAGUAAAACUGGUAAAACAUUUAGACUUUAUUGUAGAAACUGAGAUCAAUAAACCUUGUCAGACCUUG